UGCAGGACCUACAAUCUGAACACACCAAGUGGAAAGAAGAAGACGAGAACAUCUCCUCAAUCUCCGUCGGACAUCUUUCACUGCAGUGCUCUGGCGAUAAACUGACUGUGUCGAAAACAACAAUGAAGAUGGCUAACGUGUGGUGGAUCAUUGCACUUCUGACCUUCUGCCUGUCUGCACCAAGUCUGGCUAAAGACAAAGAAAGCAAGAUGAAAGAUGUUGUACAAUUCAUUAAGAACAUCAUGAAUGAGUUUGACAUAACAGAGAUGCGCAGUGCAGCCAUAAGCGUUCCACAAGACGAGUCUGGCAACUUGAUGCUGGACAAGGUGACGGAACCCAACAAAAAAGAAGGAGAGGAUAUUAAAAAUGGUGUAAGGUUUGGAAACAACAGACUAGUGAUAGCUACAAAAAAAGAAAUGGAAAGUAACAAUGGAAAACCAUAUACUGAACAUUCAGAGUGGCGUGUUCUGAAAGAUUUAAAACUUGAAAGCAAUGAAGGUGAUUUGUUGGUCAUCUACUCUUACGCCUCUCCAUGUGGUGAAAAGUGUGCAGAACCAGAUCAUCGUUACAAUAUCAUUGACUUGAUUGAGAAAGUAAUUAAGGAAGGGCAUUGGAAGGAAACGGCACUUGUAUUUGAACAAGUAUUUUUACCAAAAGAAGAAGAAAAACAUGAACAAGAAAAAUUAAAAGCUGCCCUUGAAAAUCUUGGUGAGGCUAUUGGUCAUGAAAACAUAUUUCGAUGUUUCACAACUAGGUUUAAGGUUGAAAAGUGCAUCAGCUGUGCCGAUGGUAAAGAUGUUGACAAACGCUGUGUGUCUAACAAAGCAUAAAACUAUUCUUAAUCACAGCAAGGGUUGAGGAAAAUAAGAGAAAAAUCCUUUAAGACCAAAGCGACUCAGGUCAAAAUCUGAUCUGAAGAUAUUUCCCAAUGCAUCUAUUUUCAUUAUGUCGCUCUACUUGUUUAAUUUCUGCCUUGAGGUGCUGGAGAACUUGCUGAUUCAGUAAUAUCUCAGCCACUCACACUGCUGUUUCAUUUACUGUGUCAAAAGUUAUUGUGUAGUCUGAUUUAAUUAUGUUAUCUGCUCAUGGUGAUUCUUUUGUGUGCUGUAAUGGGGUUUUAAUGUAAAUGUAAUAAAAUCACUUAUCAACUUAAGUCAUUCAAUUGUUUCUUCACAUAUGGUCCAAGAUGGGACUUGUCUUUUUUUUUUUUCAUAUUUCAAUCCACCUGUAAUCAGAGACUAACUGAUCUACUUGUCCACAUUCUGAAUGACACGAUGAGAAAAA